AUGUCCUUUGCAUUCGGCUUCACAUCCGACGACAUCUCGGACGACGAGGUUGAUAUUGACCAAAGGCAACCGACCAAAACGGAAAAUGAGGCCAGUGCUAUCCUGGCCGCCGUGGAGCUGAUCACACCUUCAUUUGUCGAUCUCAGUGACAUUCUCAGCUCUUUAAGGAAUAUCAGAAUAACCUUCGAUGAAUACGUGACGCCCGGUGGCAUCACUGUAUACCGAAGACAGGUUUAUGAUAUCAAACACCAGAUCAUGGUUGAAGAGGAUGAUGUCUCUUCCAAUGCAAUCCAUGACAUUUUGAUGGGAACCUCCGACGAGCUAGAUUUGAAGAAGAACGUAUAUGAGGGUGGCUUCAAACUGUGGGAAUGUUCUUAUGAUCUAGUCGAUGCUGUUCUGAGAUAUUCAGAGUCUGGAGAAUUCAACUCGUUGAAGUGCUAUCUCGAACUUGGGUGUGGAACGUCUCUUCCAACCUGCUACCUAUUGUCAAAAUUGCUCUCAUCUAGUGCUGAAUCGUCAAUCAAGAAGGUCAUUAUCUCUGAUUUCAACCUUGAGGUCCUACGGUUGGUGAGUAUCCCAAACAUCAUCAUCUCUUGGGCGAUGACCCUCUCACCUGAAGAGCUCAGUACAGUUGAAGACAAGAAUAUCCCUCUCAACAACGACGAAUUGAUUUUGACUCCCGCCCUUCUUUCAAAAUUCCAAGAACAAUUAGAGAUAAAGAAUAUCGAAUUGCUUUUGGUACACGGCUCAUGGGGAGCUAAGUUUUGCGACUUAUUAAUCCCCCAGCAACCAGAUUUCAUCCUCACGUCCGAGACCAUCUAUUCAUUAGAAUCUUUGCCUAUUGUUUUGGAAAUUUUGCUCCUUCUCCUAGAGAACAAGCCAGCUUACCUCGCUCUCGUUGCUGCGAAGGAGUACUACUUUGGGGUUGGUGGAUCUAUUGUCGAGUUCAUGCAAAAAUUACUAUAUAAAAAGCCAUCAUCAAUGGCAGUAGACACAAUUGGGAACAACUUGGGCCAGUUGAAGAGAGACAUAGUCAGAAUGGCCCCAGCAAAGUAA